GUCUUUGCUUGCUCCCCUUCUCCCCUUUUCUUGCUCUCGUGCUUGCAUUGGCGAGUGAUGGGGGCCACUUCCCCUUCAGGCCUAGAGCUCACCAUGGCUGUCCCAGGCCUCAGCUCCUCCUCUGGCUCAGAGGGGUUUGGAUGCAACAACAGCAACGGCAACGGGAACAACAUGAGGGACCUGGACAUUAACCAGCCGGCGAGCGGCGGCGAGGAGGAGGAGUUCCCGAUGGGCAGCGUGGAAGAGGACGAGGAGGAGCGCGGCGCCGGCGCCGGCGGACCGCACCGCCCCAAGAAGCUCCGCCUGUCCAAGGAGCAGUCCCGCCUCCUGGAGGAGAGCUUCCGCCUCAACCACACCCUCACACCGAAGCAAAAGGAGGCCCUGGCUGUCAAGCUCAAGCUGCGGCCCAGGCAGGUGGAGGUCUGGUUCCAGAACCGCAGGGCAAGGACCAAGCUGAAGCAGACGGAGAUGGAGUGCGAGUACCUGAAGCGCUGCUUCGGCUCGCUGACCGAGGAGAACCGGCGCCUCCAGCGGGAGGUGGAGGAGCUGCGCGCGAUGCGUGUGGCCCCGCCCACGAUGAUCUCCCCGCACACCCGGCAGCCGCUCCCGGCGUCCGCGCUCACCAUGUGCCCGCGCUGCGAGCGCAUCACCGCGGCCACGGGCGCCCCCGCCGCCCGCCCGCCAGCAGCGUCCCCGUUCCACCCGCGCCGCCCCUCCGCGGCGUUCUAGGGAUCAGGGUGGAAAUCUUGACGGGCUAUUGGCAAUGUAGUGCGAUCGGUCGGUAAAAUGCUGUGUAAAUUGGUGGACGAACAGCUUGAGAAAGCGUGGCGUCUCCCUGUGCCAUGCAUGGGCGAAAGUUAUGUAAUCUGAUGCCUGUUUGCGUCGGCUCUCGAGGGAUCGUCGUGUAGCAGAUAUCUG